AUUACAGUCAUGAGCCAGUGGGAAUAAUCUUAAGAUACAAAAAUAUGGGGUUCAUAACCCCUUCACCUUGGCACAGAUAAAAAUGUAUACCCUUGUGCUGGGAGCGACAGGUGAUUCAGAGGCCCUUUUGUGUGGGCUGGUAAAGGGCCAGCAUUGGUGAUUCAGAGGCUGUGCCCGGGGCAAGGCCGGUGAGUCCAGCAGCUGCAGGCUGACCUCCGGAAGCCCCCUCUCCCUCCGGGAGGUGCUGGCAACAGAUGUAGGAAGGGGCUUUGCUUUGUGAUGUCCACGUAUGAUGGGAACGGGGUUAAGUCCACUCUUUCAGGAAGCUCUGGUGACUGAAUCCAGGAAUGUGCAGCAUGUACUGGUGUGUGCAUUGAGGCAUUGGAGCCGGCGGCGUGGACCCUGGGCCAUCCCGGGACAGGCAGGGCUCACCCUCCCCACUCCGCUCUGUUUCUGGCUUGCAGACGGGUGGAACCAGCAGCUGUGUGGAGGCCUGAGCUGUGUGCCGGCUGGGCUGUGCAGACACAGAAGUUUGAGACUGCCUUUCCCCAAAGGAAGCUAGAGGCUCCUUACACUCCACUGCUCCCCGGGCCUGUCUGUGAAACCUGGCUCACCUGGCCCCCUUCACAGGUUUGGCUCAUGGUGGUCACGGGGCACUUUGUAACCAAGCAGCAUCCUGCGUUUUCCCAUUCUUAACAAACAGACUCCGAUUUCUGCCACCCGUGACUGCUGUAUAUAGGCCCUGGAACAAGUCAAGGGCUGAAAGUUCGGCCAAAAGUUUGUCUCUGACUCAGAAUCCCGUGUUCACCAAAGACCAGUUGGGGCUCCGUGGGUGCUGAUCGCCUUGCUUAUCUGGGUGUGUGUUAAAGCCCAGCUCUGCAGUACUUAAUUAUAUUCCGGGUGCCCCUAAUAAUAGCCUGCGAGUGCGAGAUGAGGUGUCUCACCUUAUGCCGCUCAGUUGAAGACAUUGGGGACUGUCGCAUUUUGAGACCCCAGACCUAUCAAGCACACAGAGAACAUGACACUGCUCACCCCGCCCCUGGCCACCCAGGAGUGGCCGCUGUCACGUGCGCAGUGCACCUGAGGUCUGAGCUGGCUGUGUGUGUCUGUUACAUUUUUCCCUCAGAGGAGAAAUCUGCAGGUUGAGGCCCGUCCCGCUCAGACCUGCCCAUGUCUCUGUGUCCAGUGGACUUUGAUCCAGGGGCCUAGGGUACAGCCAAGCCUUCUCUGCUGCCUUAGCCCUUUUCCUCCUCUGCGAUUGUCUCCAGUGUUUUGCAACUGUUCUGAUCUCGGGAAACGUCGUGUUUAAUUUGGAGCAUGCUGCCAACAUCCCCAAUAGGAUUUCGGAGGCAGCCGCAGGUUUCGGCGCUGCCGGGGGCAGAGCUUAGAGGAGAAGCUCAGAGCGGCCUCCGUGUUUCUCCUUUCCAAGCCGCUGAGGUCUCUAAGCGCCGGGAGGGUUGGAAGGGGAAGCAUUGCCCCGGGGUGGGGGUGGGGUGGGUGUCAGGAGCUCAACAGGCUCUGGAGGCAUCUCAGCCGGACUUGAGCUCUCCAACUCUUAAUGGCUUUUUAAUGUGUGAGCUGAAGUGUCAGGGAGCGGUCUCUUCUGGUUCUUUUUCAAAGCUGUCCCUGGAAAGCGGAUGAAAGAAUGUGGUGGCGGGGGCUGCAGCGGGUUUCCUCUCUCCCUUCUCUCCCCUCCUCUCCUUCCUGUCUCUGUCUCUCCCCACUCUUCUUCCUCUCUUUCUGUUCGCUUCCCUCGUCUUUCUCUCUGUCUCUCCCUUCUUUUGCCCUCUCACCUCUUCUUCUUCUCUGUCUCUCCUCUCCACGCCUUCUUCCUGUCUGUCUGCCUGCCUGUCUCUCUCUCUGUCUCUCGCCUUUUGCAGGGCUGGAUUUGGCAAGCACUCUUCCUGAGCACUGCAGCUUGGUGCGUUUCUACUCAUUUCCUGUUAAGCAGUACCCAGAGCUCCCUGAAUUCAGGCUCUGGGAGGACGGCCCUGUCUUCCUUUUCCUCUCCACUCCUAGAAAAACCUGCUGACCAGGCCCUGAGAGCAGGGUCACGGGGAGACCUCCUCACCACAGCAGGAAAAUGGACUGUUUCCUCCAUUGGACCUGACUCAGCAGCGGCCCACUGACCGCCUGGGAGAGGGCUCCCGCCUGUCGGGCCACAGUUCCACACCUGGCUGGUCAGUGAGAAGGUCGGAGGGGCCGAGGGGACCAAGCUGGACGAUGACUUCAAAGAGAUGGAGAAGAAGGUGGAUGUCACCAGCAAGGCGGUGACAGAAGUGCUGGCCAGGACCAUCGAGUACCUGCAGCCCAACCCAGCCUCGCGGGCUAAGCUGACCAUGCUCAACACGGUGUCCAAGAUCCGGGGCCAGGUGAAGAACCCCGGCUACCCACAGUCGGAGGGGCUCCUGGGCGAGUGCAUGAUCCGCCACGGGAAGGAGCUGGGCGGCGAGUCCAACUUUGGCGACGCAUUGCUGGAUGCCGGCGAGUCCAUGAAGCGCCUGGCAGAGGUGAAAGACUCCCUGGACAUAGAGGUCAAGCAGAACUUCAUUGACCCCCUCCAGAACCUAUGCGAGAAAGACCUGAAGGAGAUCCAGCACCACCUGAAGAAACUGGAGGGCCGCCGCCUGGACUUUGACUACAAGAAGAAGCGGCAGGGCAAGAUCCCCGAUGAGGAGCUACGCCAGGCACUGGAGAAGUUUGAGGAGUCCAAGGAGGUGGCAGAAACCAGCAUGCACAACCUCCUGGAGACCGAUAUCGAGCAGGUGAGUCAGCUCUCGGCCCUGGUGGACGCACAGCUGGACUACCACAGGCAGGCCGUGCAGAUCCUGGAUGAGCUGGCUGAGAAGCUCAAGCGCAGGAUGCGGGAAGCUUCCUCACGCCCUAAGCGGGAGUAUAAGCCCAAGCCCCGGGAGCCCUUUGACCUCGGAGAGCCUGAGCAGUCCAAUGGGGGUUUCCCCUGCACGACAGCCCCCAAGAUCGCAGCUUCGUCGUCUUUCCGAUCUUCCGACAAGCCCAUCCGGACCCCUAGCCGAAGCAUGCCGCCCCUGGACCAGCCGAGCUGCAAGGCGCUGUACGACUUCGAGCCCGAGAACGACGGGGAGCUGGGCUUCCGUGAGGGCGAUGUCAUCACGCUAACCAACCAGAUCGACGAGAACUGGUACGAGGGCAUGCUGGACGGCCAGUCGGGCUUCUUCCCGCUCAGCUACGUGGAGGUGCUUGUGCCCCUGCCGCAGUGACUCGCCAGUGCCCCUGCCCCGCCCCUCCGUCCACACUGGCCGGCACCCCCUGCUGGGUCUCCUGCAUUCCACGGAGCCCCUGCUGCCAGGGCUGUGUCCGAGCCUGCUGACACCACCUGGGCCCCGGCCCUUGAGGUACUCCCUGAGCAGGGCCCCACGCUUGGGUGGAGGGGCCUAUCUGGGUGGGUGGGGAUGCCUGUUUACACUAGCGCUGACCCCCAAUGGUGACGGCUCCCUUCCCCACUCCAUGGCGCCAGCCUCCGCGCCCAGCUGGCCGAGGCGGGGCAACACUAAGGUGCUCUUAGAAACACUAAUGUUCCUCUGGGGCAGCCCCCACCUCCGUCCUGACCCCACGGGGGCCCGGCCCACUGCCUACCCUCGAGUCCCGCAGCCUUAACAGGAUGGGAUCGAGCGUCCCCGUGGGGUGGCUCAGAGAUAGGACCCUGGUUUUAAAUCCCCUCCCAGCCUGGUGCUGGCGAUGGGCCUUGGCCUAAUGCACCCCCGCCUCACACAUGCACUCCUUCUCCCCAAGGCCAGGGCAGAGGGCCUCACUGCCUCCCCGGCCUGCUGUCAGCUUGCAGCUCGGGGACAGAGGCCAGCUGGGAUCUGCCCAAGGACAGAGAACAUGGUCUCUUGCCGGGCGCGGUGGCUCACGCCUGUAAUCCCAGCACUUUGGGAGGCUGAGGCAGGUGGAUCACGAGGUCAGGAG